AUGGCAGCACACUCAAAGCCCGCCCAAUUGGGCCCCUGGGGGAAGGCCACGGCCGGCGCUGCUGGUGCCGCUUUCGCCAACGUGCUCGUAUACCCACUUGAUCUCAUCAAGACGAAACUUCAAGUCCAAGUCAAAAAGUCCGCCGACGUUGAAAAGCAAGAGGCUACGGCCAGCAAUGAGGUUCACUACAAGGGAACAUGGGACGCCCUCACCAAGAUCAAGAAUGCCGAGGGUAUUGCGGGUCUUUAUGCUGGCAUGAACGGUGCGCUACUGGGUGUCACGUCGAGCAACUUCGCCUACUUCUAUUGGUAUUCGAUCGUCCGCACGCUGUAUCUUCAGUACCAAAAAUCGGAUGCCCACCCCUCGACGGCCGCUGAGUUGGCCCUUGGCGCCGUUGCCGGUGCGCUCGGCCAGCUUUUCACCAUCCCAGUCGCGGUCAUCACCACCCGCCAGCAGACGCAAAGCAAGGAGGACAGGAAGGGCAUCAUCGAUACCGCUCGGGAGGUUGUCGAGGGCGAGGAUGGCAUUACCGGGCUCUGGAGAGGCUUGAAGGCUAGCUUGGUUCUGGUUGUCAACCCGGCCAUCACAUAUGGCGCGUACGAGAGGCUGAAGGAUAUUCUUUUCCCUGGAAAGAACACCUUGAAGCCCUGGGAGGCUUUCCUUCUUGGCGCGUUGUCCAAGUCAAUUGCCACCAUCGUCACCCAGCCCCUCAUUGUCGCCAAGGUAGGCCUGCAAUCCAAGCCUCCCGCGGCUCGCAACGGCAAGCCUUUCAAGAGCUUCGUCGAGGUGAUGGAGUUUAUUGUCAAGAACGAGGGCGCUUUGAGUUUGUUCAAGGGUAUCGGGCCCCAGCUUCUUAAGGGCUUUUUAGUACAAGGUAUCUUGAUGAUGACCAAGGAGCGUGUCGAGCUCAUGUUCAUCCUCUUUAUGCGCUUCCUUUCGAAGCUUCGGUCGCAGCAGCUCGGCAAGGCCGCUGCUUUGGCUGCCGCGGCAAAGGUUGCGUCCCCCGUCAUCGCAAAGUAGACGCUCCCUUCCAUUUCUUGAACAACGAAAGCACAUAUCAUGACUUGAACGUUCUGCUUGUACUGUAUUUCUGCUGCAUUUGAUGGCGGUCGUGAUUGGAGAAUCAUACUCACAAUUCGGUAAUCUUCUGCUACUUGGGUUUCAUCUUUCAGCCGGACCUGGUUAUAUAGAGCGGAUAGAGAUCCCUUGGAUACAAGACCUUUAUGAGUUCAACCUUGAUCAUUGCCGACAGUCAUUGUAAUUUUGUUGUUAAGAGCAAAGUU